AUGAUCCAAUUUCCUACUUUCAUUCGUAAAGCAGAACAAUCACCAAGAUCUUUGGAAUCUGCUUUUCCUCCUUUUAAUCCACAACAUAAAUAUAGAGGAGUUUAUGAAAGAGCUGGUUUUGAUGUAAAUAAAAAUGCUUAUUGUAAUAACAAAUUGAAUAAUGGAUCGAGAAUAUCACCUGAUAGACCUUAUGAGAAUAGCAAUGAUAAUCAUAAUGGGAGAUCAGUCAAUAGAUCCAAUGAGACUAUUCAAAAUGAACAAAAUCACACAGGAUCAAAUUAUACAACAAAUAUUCAAAAUCAAAACAACCUGUUUGAAAAAACAUCACCAAAUUCUGAAUAUCAAAACACUACUACAUCAUCAUCCUCAAAAUCUAGCAAAUCUAAUUCUAUGAACUCAUAUGCAAAAAGUAAUAGUUCCUUACUUACCACUGCAAGAAAUACAGCAGAAUUUCAACAAUCUAAUAAUUCAAAUGUUUCAUCAAAUAUGAAUUUAUAUCCUGGUCAGAAAUCAUCGAAUUAUAACCAAUCUAAUCAAUUUGAUGAUAUAGGUUUAAAUUCAUUAAAUGAAGUAAGUCCUGCAAAAUCACAAAAGAAUAUAAAAAAUUUAACAUUAGAUUUAAAUAAAGAUGAAGAUCAAUUACAUGAUUUACCAAACAUUAAUAAAAUUCCAUCAUCUCAAUCUAAUCAUCAUUCAUUGCAUUCAAAUCAUUCUAAUCAAUCUAAUAGAUCAUCUAAUUCAAAUAAGUCUAAUCAUUCUGGUCACUUGGUGAAUCAAUCUUUGCAUUCAAAUAAUUCAAAUCAAUCUUUUCAUUCGAACAAUUCAGGUAAAACUGCUCAUUCAAAUCAUUCAAAUCAUUCACAUCAUUUAAAUCAAGCAAAUUCUUCAAAUCAAUUGAAAUCAAAUGAUCCAAAUAUAUAUGCUCAACAAGGAUAUCAAUUACCUACACCUCCAUCAUCACACAAUUCUGCAACUCAAAUACCUCCCAACUUUCAACAAGCACCACAUUCACAUCCUCAACAACCAUUUGAUCCAAGGAAAAUGAGAAAAAGACCACCAAUGAUGAUGAAUGGUGUUCCACCUUUGUCAAAUCAACCUUAUUAUCCACAGCAAAAUGUACCUAUGAAUAGAAACAUUACACCAACUUCAAAUCAUCAUGUACCUUAUCCAAUGAGUCCAAGCUACUCUCCUAAUUUAGCUCAAAAUCAACAAUUCCCAACGAGACAAAAUCAUCAUCAUACACAUCAUCAACACCCAAAUCAUCAACAACCAAAUCAUGGAUAUAUUCAUCCAAACGGUUUUCCUCCAAAUGGAUUUAAACAUCAACCACCACCACACUCACCAGGGUAUCCACCACGUCUGCAAAAUAGACCAUCUCCACCAAUGCCUAAUCAACAACCAUAUCCAAAUCCACUACCUUUGCAUCAACAACAUAAUCAAUACCCACAACCACAACCUUCUCAACCAAGGUAUCAAACUGGUAUUCCUCGUCAACCUACAUAUUCUGAAAUCAGAGAAGAUAAAUUAUCUCCAGCAUUGAAUGAAUUUAAACAUGAUUUAAAACAUCAUCAAAGCAUUAAAAAUAAGAAUGAACCACCAGCAUUACCUAAUCAAUCACCUUCUGAAAUUGGAUUAUCUAAAUUUCAAAACAAUGACAAAACUCCAGGCUUUGAUACUGAUGAACCUACAAACAAUGAAUACAAUCAAUUUUUAUCAAUUGGAAAUAAUGGAUCAGAUAAAAGAAUUAGUCAAACAUCAAUGGUAAGUUCCAUAUUAUCAAAAGAUUCAUUCAAUGAAGAAGAUAAAAGAAUAGAAGAAGAAUUAGAAAAUCAAUUAAAUAAUAUUAAAAAUGCUGGUGGUAAUUUUGAUCAAAUCAAAAAGAAUUCAAUAAUAACAAAUUCAACUAAUAAAUCAUUAUCAUCAGCUUCAUCAUCACCAACAAAAUCAUUAAAUUCAAUACAUUUACAACAGGCACCACCAGUACCUCAUUUUCAUGUACAAGAUGUUGAUGAAACUAAACCAAUAAGAGAUAGUUCAGAUUCAAAUAAUACAAAAGAUAGUAAUAUUGAUGAAAUGUCAAUAGCUUCAAUUGAAUCAAUUCAACCAUUAUCUGUUUCUCAAUCAGUUGUAUCUCCAACAAAAAGAAAUGUUAUCGAUAAUGAUGAAAUAAUUCAACCAACAAAAAGAAAAGAUUCUGCUGAAUUUACUAAAAUUAUUAGUGAAAUCAAUGAUUUAGAAAAACAAAUGACUGAGGAGGAAAGUCCUAUAAAAGAAUCAAAUUUUGAAAAUAACAAAUUAAACAAUGAACAAGAAUUAUCUUCAAAAUUAUAUGAACCAGGUACAGGUCCAUGUAGAUCAUGUAAUCAACAAAUAAAUCCACAAGAUAAAGGAUCAUUAAAACCAAUUUUUUCCAAAACUGGUGAAUUAUCAGGUCAAUGGCAUAGAUCAUGUUUCCAUUGUAAUUAUUCAAAUUGUGAAAUAAUUUUUAAUAAAAAAGUUCAAUGUUAUGUUUUCAAGAAUCAACCAUAUUGUUUUAAACAUUAUCAUUUAAUUAAUUUAUCAACAUGUACCAAUUGUAAUAUAGGUAUAGAAGGUUCAUGUAUUGAAAAUGAUUUAAAACAAAAAUGGCAUAUAAAUUGUUUAAAUUGUUCAAUAUGUUUUAAAAAUAUUAAAAAUGAUUAUUAUGUUUUAAAUGAUUCAAUAAUUUGUGAAAAUGAUGCAAAAUUUUUAAUUCAAAAACAAAUUAAAAAUCAUGAUGGAUUAAAUGUUGCUGAUAGAAUUGAAAAAAGAAGAACAAGAAUUUAUCAUAAUUGA